AUGUCUUCUCUACAAUACCUCGAAGAAUCAUCCCGAGGAGCUGUUUUUACUAUUGUCUUUUUGAUUCUUGCGUUCCUUCUCACCACUAAGCCAUUUGUCAAGGUCUUUGGGCCUCUCUUUUUCAGUCCCCUUAGACAUAUUCCUGGGCCUCUCUCUACGAAGCUCACUGGAGCAGCUGUGUGGUUCUCCACUAUUCAAGGCCGCCGUGUAUACAAACUAGAAGAACUUCAUGCCAAGUUCGGCCCCAUUGUUCGAAUUGGUCCACACGAAGUGUCAGUCAGCGACUGGAGGCAGCUCCGGCCCAUCUACGCAAACAAGACAAUAAUCAAGGAGCAAAGUUUCUAUGGAGCCGCUACUUUUGUUGGUAAAAGUAACAUUUUCGAAAUGAUCAACGUUCGUCAACAUGCUGCACGAAGAAAAUUGAGCAGCCCCCCUUACUCGUUGCAAUCGGUCGCACUUCUAGACUCCCUGAUCAGAGAAAAGGCCCAACGUUUAGCAAAGCGGCUCGCGACCGGCGCAUCAUCAUCGGUCACUGGAACUACUGAUGCUUUCCAGCUAUGCGGGUUGUUCAGUUUUGAAGUCAUCUGUCAGGCCGGUUUCGCAACAGAUUUCUCCAACAAUUCGAAUGACAGCGGAGCUCAUACUCUCCUUGAGGCCAUGGACGGCAGUGCACCGACACUCAUAUUCGAUAGCGCUUUACCACUCCUAUCAAAACUAGGCAUUGGUCGCCUUCUACCAGGAUUUAUUGGUGACUCAUACCGGAAACGGGAUUACUGGAAAGCAAUGUCUAUCAAGAUGGUAGACCAUUUUCUGAAAAAUUGUACCUUGGAUCAAAGGUAUCUGCUCACGCCCUUGGCCACUGGAGUUGACGACUAUCUCGGGCGCAAGCUCAACCAUGACGAGCUUGUGGAGGAAGCCAUGGGAUACAUGUUUGCUGGCUCAGGAACCACAUCUUCGACAUUGACGUAUCUCCUAUACGAGAUCUCGAAACCGAGAAAUGCCGGUAUACAAGAACGCUUGCGCUCCGAAAUCACCGCAAUACCAGGGGAUGACAUCGUGGCGAUCAGAAACAGCCCUUAUGUCAAUGCAGUCAUCAAGGAGACCUUCCGCACCCACCCGACGAUUAUUUCAACACUGCCACGAGUUACUGUCGAGCCUCUGGUGCUCAGUAAGCAUACGUUGCCGCCUAACACCGUGGUUGGGAUGCAGAACUGGCUUCAUCAUCGUGACGGGUCUGUGUUUCCAGAUCCGGACCGGUUUAUUCCGGACCGAUGGCUCGAGGAAACAGCCGAAAUGAAAUCUGCAUUGACACCUUUCAGCAUCGGCAAGAGAGGUUGCAUUGGGCAGAACCUUGCCUGGCAAGAGCUUUACUGGGCGGUCAGUGAGGUUAUGCGCUCGGGGCUUCAAUUCCGCUUGGGAAAAGAAAUGCAGAGUUGGGAGAUGGAGAUGGAGGACCGAUUUAAUAUAGCUCCUCGCGGACGAAGGCUCAUGCUGGCUGUAUCACCGCUCAAUUAG